AUGGAGGGAGAGGGAUGCAUUUCCGGGGCAGCUGUGGAUUCAGGCAACCCUUUGCUAAGAGCCGUUUUCCUUCGUCGCCUGCGGCUUGCGCGGCUGCUUCUGGAGGGAGGGGCUUACAUCAAUGAGAGUGAUGGCCAAGGACAGACACCCCUGAUGGUGGCCUGCAGGACCCAGCAUACUGACGCCCAGAGCGCCAGCCGGGUCAAACUAGUCCAGUAUUUGCUGGAGAGAGGAGCGGACCCCAACAUCCAGGACAAGGCUGGCCGGUCCGCCUUGAUGCACGCCUGCAGAGAGCAGGCUGGGUCUGAGGUGGUGUCUUUGCUCCUGGCCAGCGGAGCAGAUGUUGGCCUGGAGGAUCGGUCUGGGAUGUCAGCACUGGUCUAUGCGGUCACAGCCGGUGACCGGACAGUUCUGAAAUUAUUGCUUGACACAUGCAAGGCCAAGGGUAAGGAAGUGAUCAUAAUAACUAUUGACAAAUUCCCCUGUGGGAAACUGCAAGCCAAGCAGUAUCUCAGCAUGCUUCCUCUUGGUCAACUUGAUCAGACAGGUAAAAUGCCGUUAGCAGCGCCUACAUCCCCCUCUGAAAUCCAGCUCAUUGCCUCCCCCCAGUGCGUCUCUUCUUUCUCAAGUUCUGCAAAGCAGGCCUUCUCCUUUAAGGAGAGCCAGUGUUCUGGCAGUAGCGGUGUCUGCUCUCAUCCAUGUUCCCCAUCACGAUUUCGAGCGCUAGGCGAAGGGGAGGCAAGUAGACUGCAGCAGCCCCUCCUGAGGUUGAACUCUGAGCCCUGGCUAAAAAUCCCAGCUUCUCUGCUGGCCCAGAAGCCUCAUUCAGGCCCCUCAUCCACAGAAAACCUUCCAGAACUCAACCUGAAGGAGGAUCUCUCUCUUGGAUAUCCCACUCUGAGAGGUGCUGCUGGUGAAAACUACUGCAGCACCUCUCAGACGUGUAACUGCUCCACCGAACAGAUAAGAAGCAUGAAUUCAACCACCGAUGGCAUAAACAAGUCUGAAGGAAGUUUGGCAAAGGAGGAAGGAAAUGAGAUCCAGGUAGAGGGAGAGGAAAAGGGAAAAUCAGGAUGUAGUGAUCUACUAGGACAUAAAGCAUCUUUACCAGGUCUUUCCUCAUCCCACUCUGCCUCCCAUCCUGACCUCCACUCUCAAAACCUCAGUUCGCUCACCUCUUCCUCCUCCUUUCCAGUUGGCAAAAAUGUCAGCAGUCCACUCCACAACAUGGCAUCUUCCAGCUUGCAUAACAUCAUUCAGAGGCGCAAGCUGGGGGCUGACCUCUACAGCUCUGAUCCACAGCUAGCCGUACAGACACAGAAUCUUCCUGAGGAGCCCCAGCAGAGAGAAAAAGACCUGGCGGAGGGUAAGAGGCUGGUCAAAUUGCGCUCCUCCACCACGCUGGGCUCCAGGGAGUCGCUGCUGGCCUCAGGUCCGACCAGAAGUGUCCGUUCUGGGUUUGAGCGCAGGGGGUCCGCAGCCUUCUUCUUAGAUUACAACUCCCAGUCCCGGCCCAGGUCUCUGCCACCUCUGAACAUCAACUCCCCCAACGCACACAUCCCGAACAUGUAUGAUCCCAGCUCCAGUGGUAGGGGUUUCUGUGGGACAGAGGCUGGCCUAAAAACAUUGAUUCCUUCUGCUCCCCCUGGGCCUCCCAGAGAGCCAACCCGGGCGAUGCUGCUGAGGAGACACUCCAUGCAGACAGAGCAGUUCAAAACAAAAGCUUAA